GAAGAAGAAGAGAAUCGUACUUUCCGCCAUUCUAGCCUGCGGUGUCACUCAACAAAAAUCGUGGACUGAGAAAUUUCUCCAAACAUGCCAUUCACAACCGCGUAGGCUACUGACAAUUCAUGUCUCAUUUGAAGCAUAGCCUUUGAGAUUUAGCUAGAUAUUGGUGCUGGAAGCUCUCUGAUGUUCAACCAUGGAUGAAGAAGACAGCCAGGAUGAGCUGAUCAACCAGAAUGCCUCCCACGGAAAAGAAAAAAGGCCUGCGGUGUGGGCAAUCUCAGAUGAAGACAGUGAUGAAGAUGGGGAGGAAACUGAGGAGGGAACUUCUGACAGUGGUGAGGAGGAGGAAGACCACCUUGAUGGAGAGGAAGACGAGGAGGAGGAAGAAGAGGAUGACAGUGAUGAUGGAGAAGAGGGCGCGGUGGGGGGAGCGUCUGCUGACUUGGCAGGUCUGAGCUCAGACGAGGACACAGAGAAAUGCCCCAUUUGCCUCAACUCCUUCCACAGCCAGCCCGUGGCCACGCCAGAGAGCUGCGAACACUACUUCUGCCUCGACUGCAUCCUUGAGUGGUCCAAGAAUGCAAACUCCUGUCCUGUGGACAGAAUAGUCUUCAAUAACAUCUACCUGAGAAAAUGUUAUGGCGGGAAAGUGCAGAAAAUGAUCACAGUGCAGAAACCAGUGAAGGAGGGCCAGGAGGAGGUGAUAGACCUGGAGCUGGAACAGACCAGCUGUGAGGUGUGUGGAGGGAGCGACCGUGAAGACCGCCUGCUGCUCUGUGACGGCUGUGAUGCUGGGUACCACAUGGAGUGCCUGACCCCCCCGCUGGAUGCUGUCCCUGUGGAGGAAUGGUUCUGCCCAGAGUGUCAAGCCAACAACCGCCAUUCAAGGGGUUCAGUGGAAGUGCAGAGCGACACGGAGAGUCUGAGCAGCACCCGUCCCACAACCAGCCGCUCCCACCUCCCCACGGCGGGCCCCACCCGGGCCAUCGCCCGUACCCAGCAGAGCGAGAGGGUUCGCGCCAGUGUCAACCGCCAUCGCAUCACCCAGGCACGCAUUGCACAGAUCUCCCCCAGCUUUCUGAUGCCACAGUCCACCUGGCUGGAUGAGACUAUCAACGCAGUGGUGGCUGGACUCAACACAGCUGUGUACAUACGGAACCUCACACCCCGCGUUCCAUCCAGCCGACGACGCAGGACAGUAAAGCGUAGGAAAGGCAAGAGUAAGAGGUCAUCGUCUGCCACGGGUGGUAAGGGCAAAGCUGCAGGCACCGGGGUGAAGAGGAGGAAACGGAGAGUGAGGAGGACCAAGUCCAGAAGGAAACUGGUGGUGAAAAAGGAACCUACGUCUCGUGGUCGUAUAGCCCGUAGCCUGGGGAUAGGGAAGCCCAAACGGGGCUCGUCCCUUCCCUCUGUGUACCGGCCUACAGAAACCACUCUGGGCAGUAUGAGGGCUGACAUAGGAGCUGCUUCGCUCUCUGUCUAUGGAGACCCCUACGAUCUGGACCCCUUCACUAGCAGGGAUGAUGAGGAGGAGCAAGCCUUGGCCACGACAUCACUGCUGGAAGCAAAGAGGCGUGGCUUAUCUCGCUCCGCCCUCCUCUCGCACCAGCCUGUGGCUCGACCAAUCACUGCUGGCCUCUCCAGGCGGGGGCCGAGCCUGCCCCAGUUGGAGGAGGUGGCGGAGGUGGCCCCAGUGCCUGACCUGCUGGGCAGCAUCCUGUCAGGACAGAGCAUGCUGCUGAUGGACAGUUCAUACGUAGUCAUUAACAGAGACGGAUCCCUCAAGGAUAACAAACCAUUGGGUUUGUCGUCUUCCAUGCCCGGCAGCAGUAGGAGCAGCAACUCUGGUGAAUCAGUAGCCCAGCUCCAAUCAGGGAUGUCCCCUAACACAGCAGCCAGCUCCCUUUCUCUUCCCAUUAACGGAGACCUGGUAGCAGGACCUUGCCUGUCCCCUCUAACCCCCUCAUCCCCCCGCCCGGCCACUUAUCCACCUCCCAUCCUGAGUCACCCACACCUCCACUUCCCUGCCCCCUGUAGACCCAGCCCUUGUCCUGGACACAGCCACUCGGAGGCCACUGGUGUACGACCCCCCCAUGGGACCCAGAGGGCAGCCACCAACACUCCUACCCCAGACUCUCACUCCAGAGGGAGGGAGACGGUGCCACCACAGCCCCAGGCUAAGAAGGCUUCUCCUAAACCAGUAUGGGAAGCACCAGUAUCGGUGCUUCCCAGGAUACCAAAGAUAAAACAGAGCGGUGGCCUAACGAAUGGCAGCGCCAGCAGAGGGGGUAGUAGUAGUAGUAGUAGUAGUAGUAGCAGCAGUGCUAAUGGUAGUGGUAGUAAUGGAUUCCCUGAUGCCUGUGUGAACAGCUUGGGUGGGAACAGGGGCAGGCAGCAAAGUGUGGACCAGCAGCAGGGCAGGACAGAGGGACAGAGACCAGACAGAGCAGGCCCUUCCUCAGCCUUCUCCAGCUCCUUCUCCUCUUCCUCCACCUCUUCUGAUUCUCCAUCUAACCCUGCCCGCACCUCUUCAUCAACAUCAUCCACGGUGUGCUUCCGGAUCAAUGCCAGCGGCAAUGCGUGGCACGCCCGACAGCUUAGCAACGCCUCUGCAAUUGUUGCGUCUGCAAUUGUUGCUGCCGGCAACUGUCUAGAACCGGCGUCCGCGGAGGAAGAGGAGGCGAAGAGGAAAAGAGCGGAGCGCAUGAACAAACAGAAUCCCCUGACGUCCUCACACACACCGGUCAAAGAGGAGAAGGAAGAGGGGGAUAUAUACGACCCCUUCCACCCAACCGGCUCAGACUCCAACGCCUCAGACAGCGAAGCAGAGAGCCAUGCUGGGGGGAAACCAACCAUGGUGCACAAGGAAGGUGCCAGCCACCAGGUGAAAGCUGAGGCACUGGAGAGUAGGGUGUCACUGGAGAGGGAUGAGGGCUCAGGAGAAGGUCUGGAGGUGAAGAGCGAGCUAGAGAACUCUGACACAGCGAAGCCUGGUCACAGCCCUCACAACGCACCCAGGUCUGGGAUGAGUGGCACCAGCACACCUCUGUCCCAGAGCCAGGUCCAUCUGAAGAGGGAGAGGAACGAGCCAGGGGAUGAGAAAGGGCAGCACAGCCAGACUGGCAACAGUAGAGAGCCCCAGAACCAGAAGACUACUCCUUCCUCAUCCAGUUCAGCCUCAAUCCACCACAGCAACAGGAUGGUGAAGACUGAGAUAAAGUCAGAGCUCCAGGACAGCCUCCCCAGGUCCCCAUCCAGGUCUGAAUCACACUCCAGGCCCUCAGGCCAGGGGAGGAAAACAUCCAAAGGCAGGGGGUCUUCCACGGAGUGGCGGUCUGCCUCAAUCAGCCCGGAGGCAGGCAGGAGGAGGGGAGACAAGGCCCCGGACCAGGCAGGAAGGAGGAGACGUUAUGAGGUGGGUAGGAGAGGAGACAAGGGGGGAGAGAGGAGUUCUAGGCGUUCGGUUUCGAGGGAGAGGAGAAGGACUCGUUCCCCGUCAGACAGCUCUACCUCUGAUUUCUCGGAGAGGUCUCGCAGGAAGAAGAGACGGUCACGCUCUCCGUCCAAAGACAGGAGGCGCUCCAGUUCAGGGUCAGGCUCCAGCAGCAGAGAGCGGUCCAAGAGGAAAAAGCAGAAGCGAGGGAGCAGGGAGAGGAACGAGGGCAGAGGGAGUGAAAGAGAGAAGGGCCGCCCGUCAAAGGACAAGAAGCGUGAUUGCUCACAGUCUCGCUCACGGUCCCGUUCCAGGUCCAGGGAGAGGAGGAAAGACCACUCACGAUCACAACCAUCAUCCUCCGGAUCAAAGGACAGGAUUCAGGUGCGGUCGAAAGACAGGAAGAGGCCGAAGUCCAGGUCGAGGUCCAGAGAGAGGAGGAAAGAAGAGGGGUCGUCACAGGGCACACAGAGACCACCAGGGUCUUCCUCAACCACCUCCUCCAAAAAGCUAGAAGAACAGAAAGGGAAGAAAAAGGAGAAAGUGCUCCCCCGUGUCCCUCUGAAAGAGGAGAGAGAGGCUAAAGAAGAGAGAAAAGAGCGAGAGAUCAAACAAGAGAUGCUGUCCUCAGGACUCAAACCUCUCUCUGUCCUCUCUGUCUCAGAGGUGAAAAAUGAGAGUGACAGCAAUGACAUUAGAACAGAGAGACACGCCUCUCUCUCAGCAAAACUACUCAAGGAGUCUAAGCUGCUCAAAGAGAUAAAAAAAGAGAAACCUGCCUUUGAUAUGUUGGAAGAAUCACUGGAUAGUAAACCAAUCAAGAAAGACAAACCUCUGUCAACGUUCAGCACAGUCAAGGACUUGCAAGAGCACAAGGAGAUGGAAAAAGAACAACCUUCCGCCCUCAUAAUGGAGGCGUGCGCCGUCUCCACAUCAGACAUAGCAGAUCAAAAAGAUCAAGCGUUAAAGGAAACCAUCAAGACUGAGCCCAUCUGGCCUGAGCUGCCUCAACAACUGACCUCCAACAUCCCUGUUCCUCCCACCCAAACUGGCCAAUCCAGCCCCAGCUUCUCAACACUCAGCACCAACCCUGUCCCUGCUCCUCCUCAGGGAUGGGGCCCCCUGCAGGUGGCCCCAUCCCUGUUUCCUCCUGUACCAAAGGCCCUCACCCGGACUCCUCCACCUGUCCAACCCGUACCAGUGAACUCAGAGAAGCACGAGGUAGAGGAGCCUUCAGACUAUGACGAUGAUGACAUGGACGUGGACAUGAUGCUGGACAGCCUGGACUAUGUGAAGACGGAGCCAGGUGGAGAGAGUGGGGAGGCUGGGGUCAAACAGGAGAAGGAAGGAGAGGGGGGGGAGGAGGAGGGGAAGACUGAGGGAGAACCAGUGCCAGUCACAGCAGGUGCCAAGGCCAAACCCUCUGUGAAGAGGGUCACCUGGAACCUGCAGGAGCCAGAGGGGCCACAGCCAGAGAGGCCACAGCCAGAGAAGACUGGCAGUAAGCUGGCCCUCUACAAACUGAAGCUGAAACAGGAGGGAGCUCGCAGACCUACCUCCAAUCAGGAGGCUCCCUUGGGGGCUACGUCACUCACUGACCCCAAGGUCCAGAGCACCAAGAGGGGCAGUGUGUCCAUAACGCUCCCCAGUGCCCCCUCCAGCUCCAGCAGCCUAACCACAGUAGGGCUGUCCAAACCUGGGCAGGGGGAACCCAACGAAGACCUGGGAGAGGAUGAUGCUUCUAGGAACGAUAAGUACAUAAAGAAACUCCACAUGCAGGAGAGAGCCAUAGAGGAGGUAAAGCUGGCUAUCAAGCCAUUCUACCAGAAGAGGGACAUCACUAAGGACGAGUACAAGGAUAUCGUACGCAAGGCUGUCCAGAAGGUCUGCCAUAGUAAGAGCGGGGAGAUCAACCCUGUAAAAGUGGCCAACCUGGUCAAAGCCUACGUGGACAAAUACAAACACGCGCGGAAAUAUAGGAAAGUAGAGGAUGGAGGGAAGACGCAGGAGGCAGAAACUGAUGGAACAAAUGACCCAGAGACCCCAUGAGGACCCCACAUUCAUCCACACACUGGAUACUCAGCCAUUUUCACACUCAUUUGAUCAUUUCUGUUAUAAAAUUAUGUCAAGUUGUUAGGGGACUCAAGGGCUUUGAGAAAUACUGCCUCCAGAUUGGCUGGUUUCUUCAUUGUUUUUAGGGACUAUAAAGUUGUUACGUUCGGUCCAUAGUAAUUCACCGUCUCACAAAAUAAUGGAAUAGCCUUUUCAUUGAAAUAUGUGGAAAUAACUUAGUGGACCCACUUUGAUUACCACUGACUGACAAGCAUCUGUUUUGAAUUGGAUUUGUUUCAAGAUUCACACAAGGCCAGACUAUGUCCAUGCACUUUGUUCUCAUGGUCUAGCUUGGUCUACUCUGAGAGGUUACUGCAGAGAUUCUGUCUUAAACAGACAGCUCUGUCAGAUAGCCUUUCAAUCAAGAGAGGCUGAGGAAUAAUGUGAAUCAGCUAUUUCUACAGACAAAAUGUCUGAGAAGAAGCAGUGCUGACUUUUUUUGUCUAUUUGUGCAGGGUAUUUAUGUCCUAAUUUUGUGGUGUCAAAGUCUAAUGCCGUCGUUAACGUGUUAGAAGAAAAUAAUGCCACAAUGCAGAAAAAUACAGGAAUGCAAUUUUGUAGAGUAGAAAAGUUAUUUCUGAUUUUAGAUUUGGUGUAAAUACAGAUUUUGAAUUCAGUAUGUAUGCCCUUUCAGUUGAGUUAGCUGCCUACUGGGAAUUCACAAAUGUAUACUGUGAAUGGUUCUGGAUGAAGUUUGAUGUCUCUGUGCUAUGGGAUGUGGGUCUGAUGGAGUGCUGGUUGGCCAAAUGGUACAGUUAGGAUCUUAAUUUGACUAGUUUCUCACAGCAGGAAAAUAGUCUUGCAGCAACAGGACAUUUGAAUUAUUGUGUG